AUGUCAUCGUCCGGGCGCAGAUUGGCGAAAGGCGAGCUCGUGCUUGUCACGGGGGCCAACGGUUAUAUUGCAUCACAUAUCGUCGAUAUCCUUUUGGCGGAGGGCUAUAAAGUUCGUGGCACUGUUCGUGCGGUGAAACCCUGGCUAACCGACCACUUCAACAACAAAUAUGGUCCAGGCAAAUUUGAAAAUGUUAUAGUACAAAGUAUGGAAAUGGAAUCGUCCUUCCAUGAGGCCGUCCAGGGAGUAUCAGGCGUGGUGCACACGGCUUCCGAUCUCUCUGUCAACCCGGAUCCGAUGCUUGUCAUCCCAAAGGUAGUGGCUGGAUGCCUGAACUUGAUGAAGGCAGCCGCUACUCAGCGCUCGAUCAAGAGCGUCGUCCUGACAUCUUCCUGUGCCGCUUCUUAUGUAAUUGGUUCUAGCAACAAGUCCGUCAUUGAUGAAGGGACCUGGAACGACACUGCGGUCCAAGCGGCAUGGAGCGACGAUACACCACUAGAGGCCAGAGGAUUUCAGGUCUAUACCGCCUCCAAGGUAGAAGGGGAGAGAGAAGCUUGGAAAUGGUAUGAGAAGAACAACCCAGGAUAUGCGUUCAAUACCGUUCUUCCUCCAUUCAAUGUUGGACCGAUCCUAUGCCCCGAAAUUGGCGGAAGUACGAUGGGAUUCACGCGCCAGCUGCUGAAAGGAGACGAUUUUGUGACCAAACUAUUACCUCCCCAAUGGCACAUCAACGUUCGAGACGAUGCGCGUGUCCAUAUCGCCGCUCUUCUAGAUCCCGCUGUCCAAUCUCAACGGCUGUUUCCAUUUGCAGCCCCAUUCAACUGGACCGACAUGAUCGCACUGCUCCGAAAGCUGCGACCGAACAACGACCGGAUUCCUCCACCACCAAUAAAUGAGGGUCGAGACAUGAUGGAGAUCAAGCUACGUGGCAGGUCGGAAGACCUGUUAAAAUCAUUCUUCGGAGUAUCUGGCUACGUUGGCUUGGAGGAAAGUGUAGCUUCUGGCCUCGAAGAUUGCGAGUGA